AAACCCUUUCGCUGAUCUUCUCUCACUCACUCCGUCUCCCACAACCACAAGCGCCGCCUCUCCUCCACCCACCAAAACCCUCGCCGCUGCCGAUCCGGCACAUCGCCGCCGCCGCAGAAGCCGCCAUGGAGUCGAUGGAGACCAACGCGCUGCAGGUGCUGGGGCUGGACGACAACAUGCGGAUGGUCACCAAGAACGUCUACUCCUCGCUCCCCGACCCGCCCGUCUCCCUCCACGCGCCCCUCGCCUUCGCCGCCGCGGCGUGGCCCCCGCGCGACGGCGUCGAUCGCAUCAGCGCCCUCCCCGUCGACAUCCUCCGCGACAUCCUCUCCCGCCUCCCCGCCAGGGACGCCGCGCGCACCUCCGCGCUCUCCACGCGCUGGCGCCGCCUCUGGCGCUCGGCGCCGCUCGUCCUCGCCGACGCCCACCUCAAGCACACCGGGCGCGCUCCCGGGCCCGACGAGCUGGACCGCACUGGCGGCCUCCUGCUCCGCGCCAUGGACGGCAUGCGCGACGUCGCGCGCAUGGUGUCGAGCGCCCUCGCCGCGCACCCGGGCCCCUUCCGCAGCGUCCACAUCACGUGCACCCCCAUGGACGCGCACCGGAGCGAGCUCGCGCUCUGGCUCCAGCUCCUCGCUGCCAGGGGCGUCCAGGAACUCGUCUUCGUCAACCGCGCCUCCAAGUUCGACACCGAUGUGCCCUUCCCUGCCACGCUCUUCAGGUGCAGCUCCCUCACCCGCCUCUACAUCGGCUUCUUGAGGUUCCCGGCCGUCGCCACCGUCCCGCGCGCUGCCUCCUUCCCCCACCUCCGGGAGCUCGGCCUCUGCUCCCUUAUCAUGGGUCAGCGGGAGCUCGCCUUCCUGCUCGACAGAUGCCCCGUCCUGGAGAAUUUCGAGAUCGUCUGCCACCGCGAGCUCCUGCGCCUCCGUGUCGCCAGCCACAGCCUGCGGUGCGUCGAGGUGUGCAUGUCCAUCGUGGAAGAGAUCACCGUGGAGCACGCCGCGCGCCUCGAGAGGCUCAUGUUCUGGGAAACUUGUGGAACCGGCGGUGUCAUCGACAACGUCGGCGGCAUCAUCGACAUGCGCACGAGAGUCAAGAUUGGUCAUGCACCCAACCUGCGCGUAUUGGGAUUCUUGGUGCCUGUAAUGCACGAGCUGAGCAUCGGCAACACCGACAUCAGGGCUGGGACCAAGCCGACCCGAAGAACUAUGGUCCCGAGUGUUCAGAUGCUGGGAAUUCAGCUCAAACUCUUUGACAACAAUCAAGUCAGGAUGUUGCCGAGCUUCCUCAGAUGCUUUCCCAAUGUCGAGACACUCUACAUUCAGUCAGAGACCACUCUUAGUGGCAACACCACCGGCAAGCUCAAUCCCAAGUUGUUGCAGGAGACCUCCCCAAUUGAGUGCCUCCAGAAGCACAUCAAGAAGGUUAUCAUGCGUGAAUUCAGAAUGCAAAGAAGCGAGCUUGAUUUUCUCAAGUUCAUUGCCGGGCGUGGGCAGGUGCUGGAGAAGGUUGUCGUUGUGCUGACACAUACCUGUUCAUCUUCAGCUGAUCGGCUGCGUGCCAGUCUGAGCACUUUCAUGGCUUCUACAAGAUUGGCCAAUGAAGACUGUAAGCUGAUUGUCUAUGAGAGUCCAUUUCCUAUAGAUGCUACAGCAUGGUGCUUCCAGGGGGCAUUCAACAUGUCAAAGGACCCUUUCGAUGUUUCAAAAUGCUUCAAGGAUGGCGCCUCAUGCCGAGCUGAUUAGUUUUCUGUUGCAGCAUCUACAAGCAAGGACUUCAGGCGAUUUGGUGGCUUUGUGAUACGGCAUUUCCUGCUUUCUUACCCUUAUAUUUAUAGAUCAAGUGGACAUGGAUAUGUCCAUCGUGCAUGUUGUUCGCAUCAUGACCAUGAACACUUCCACAGCCGCUUGCUUGUUUCCAUGCCACUCGUGUCAGUGAGACCGACUCCAACAUGAACACAAAGUCGUCCUCGAGCUAAACUACCGCACAACCACACCAUGGCUAUGUACAUGACAGUGCAGGGAACAAACUAAAAACCAAUCAGAUUUUCUUGAUUACUUGCAUUAAUGAUACGUCUCCAUAAUGCCCAUGAUGUUGCUACCAGAUAUAGAUAUCAAGUGAAAUCAAAUUAGUAUAGAUGUUGCUGCUUGUCUGAAGGUGGUCAUGUGAUGUUUUUGAAAUAUUUUUGGGAUGUAUUAUUGUGAAAGCUGUACUAUUUUUUUUUAUAACGGAACAAUGGAUCACUUAA